UUGUUGACCACGAGAGAACAAGACCAGGGAGGAGUUGUUCAUAUUGUAACCUUAUAUAACCCAGUAGUUAAACUAACAAAUCAGAAUAUUACUAGUUGGUUAAUUGAGCGUGAAUCAUGGAGAUGGAUCAAUAUGUAAAUGUGCCAGAGGCGAAAAAGAAGAACUUGGACACUCGACCAUCACCAGGAAGUGGGGUCAUCACAGUAGUCGCUGUAAGCUUUGGGCUGCUGUGUGUCCUGCAAGUCUCCCUCAACAUCUCUCUACGCCUCAUCUAUUGGAGAAAUUGGACGGACGAGUCACAAAUGAACCAGACUGAAGAGAGAGACCAAUUACAAAUCAGUUAUGAUAAGCUGUCCAAUGAAAAAGGCCAGUUACAAAUCAGUUAUGACAAGCUGUCCAAUGAAAAAAUACAGUUACAAAUCAGUCACAACAGGCUUGAAAACAUGGUAACAACAUUAAAUUCCAGGAUAAGGGCAUGUAGCCCGUGUAACCACGGAUGGACAAGGCUGGACUCCAGCUGUUAUUACAUCUCAACUGAGCAGAAGACCUGGGAGGAGAGCCGUCAGGACUGCAGACAAAGAGGAGCACGCUUGGUGAUCAUAAACAGUGAAAAGGAACAGGAACUUCUGACUCUAUUGAACAUACGUGUUUGGAUUGGUCUGUGGGACAAGGACUCAAAUCAAGUGUGGAAGUGGGUGGAUGGUGCCUCACUGGACAAUGGAAGGUACUGGAAAGUUGGAGAGCCUAACAACUAUGAGGGAACGUCAGAGGACUGUGUUGAGAUACGACCAGAGAAUGAUGGAUUAAUGAAUUGGAAUGAUGACGAAUGUUCCUUUCAAAAGAACUGGGUUUGCGAGCAUUAAGAUGUACACUGUGUCAUGGUGGCAGGGGACAUAGUGUGUGCUGUAACUUAGGAUGACAUUCAGAAGAGAAAGAGUAGUUUGGAAAAAUAUAUUUUAUUCAAAAGUGCAAAAAUUGUACUCUUUACUGUUCUGGUGUUUAUGCAUAUGCAUUCACACAUUCACACAUCCACACACACGCACACACCAGGGGAAUUCCACAGCUUAGCCACAGCUCAAAAUGGUCCUAAACAAAAACUCUGUUGGCUUUAUAUAUGAAUGAUUGUUGAGUAUUUACCAACAAUUCACAAUGUUAAUGUACCUACUGAGAAAAGAUCCCUUUGUUUAGCGGAGUAAUGUGUAGCGGGGUGUGGUAGAAUAGAUAUACUUAAUAUAUAAUCAAGUAUUGAGUUAUCGGGGCACCACCACACCCUGCUACUAAUGUCUGAAUGCUAUAUCUGGAAACAAAUCUAAGCAAUAUGUUACAAGGGAAAUUACAUUGAUGCUUGAUUAAUGCUUGCUUGGAGAGUAACUAAACAGUCCCACCUGUAGUUUUAUCCCACCUCUUCCUAUUAACUCAAAGUGCUUUCAGGUUGUGGGUGGAGGAUUUUUCUCAUGAAUAAUCCUUUUGGGGCUUACAGAAACACUUGAAGUGAUAUGGCCAAUUACUUUAAAGAAUUCCUUCCAUCUCAGUGAUGAUGUACCCCAAAAGAGCAUCUCUAUGUCAAAAUGUUUUUCAAAUGUUUUUAUCACUGGGGCAAAAAGAGCUGGGAUUUACCAAAAAAUAAACAAAAUAUUUUAAAAAAUUGCUAACAAUUGCUGGAGUAAAAGACCAGGAUUUAGUGUUUAGUUACUCUUAAAUGUGCAGACUUUAAUUUCAAAAUCAGCUCUUUCAAAAGCCCUUUGUCUGUUUGAAAGUUGAAAUACUUUCACGGAGACUUGCUGCACCUCCUGCGACCUGCUGCGACUUGCAACUCAAUCAUCUUAGAUGAUUAAAUCCUCCUUGCCUUGUGUUCAUAAAUAAAUAACUACAUGAGAAAAGAUGACAACACAUUUUGUAAUAACUCACACACAAACUGUCACUGACUUAAAAAAAAAUUACCUAUGAGAAAAAUAAAUGAUACCAUUAAAUUCCAACAGCUGUGAUUUUGGAAAACACAACCUAUUUCAUUCCAUUCCAAGAAUCUGUGACCAAAUUGUAUGUACAUUUUACGUUUGUGUUACGUUUAUGUCAGAUAAUGCUUUCAAAUGUACCUAGCAGCAGAAAA